GGCGGAACCAGAAGUUUCGUUCCCCCGCACUUCCGCCCUCUGGCCCGGGCUUAAGCUGCGUGGGGAAGACUUGGCGAUGCCGACCGGAGACUUUGAUUCGAAGCCCAGCUGGGCCGACCAGGUGGAAGAGGAGGGAGAGGACGACAAAUGUGUCACCAGCGAGCUCCUUAAGGGCAUCCCUCUGGCCACUGGCGAUACCAGCCCAGAACCUGAGCUACUUCCAGGAGCCACAUUCCCACCUGGGUCUCCAUUACCCAGGGCAGUCUCCCUCAACUUUUCCCCUCUCCCAGCUCCACUGCCACCUCCUAAGGAGGUUAUCAAUGGAAACAUAAAGACAGUGACUGAGUACAAGAUAGAUGAAGACGGCAAGAAAUUCAAGAUUGUCCGCACCUUCAGAAUUGAGACCCGAAAGGCCUCUAAGGCUGUUGCAAGGAGGAAGAACUGGAAGAAAUUCGGGAACUCAGAGUUUGACCCACCAGGCCCCAAUGUGGCCACCACCACAGUCAGUGAUGAUGUCUCCAUGACAUUCAUCACCAGCAAAGAGGACCUGAACUGCCAGGAGGAGGAGGAUCCGAUGAACAAGCUCAAGGGCCAGAAGAUAGUGUCCUGUCGCAUCUGCAAGGGUGACCACUGGACCACCCGCUGCCCGUACAAGGACACGCUUGGGCCCAUGCAGAAGGAGUUGGCAGAGCAGCUAGGCCUGUCCACGGGCGAGAAGGAGAAGCUGCCGGGAGAACUGGAGCCCGUGCAGGCCGCACAGAACAAGACUGGGAAGUACGUGCCACCGAGCUUGCGGGAUGGGGCCAGUCGCCGUGGGGAGUCCAUGCAGCCCAACCGCAGAGCUGAUGACAACGCCACCAUUCGUGUCACCAACCUAUCCGAGGACACGCGUGAGACAGACCUGCAGGAGCUUUUUAGGCCCUUUGGCUCCAUCUCUCGCAUCUACCUGGCUAAGGACAAGACCACUGGCCAGUCCAAGGGCUUUGCCUUCAUAAGCUUCCACCGCCGGGAGGACGCCGCACGUGCCAUCGCCGGGGUGUCUGGCUUCGGCUACGACCACCUCAUCCUCAAUGUGGAAUGGGCCAAGCCAUCAACCAACUGAGCCACCUGUCACCACUGCCACUGCUGUCCAGCCUAGACCUCUGUGACGGAAAGGAGCCUCCAAGAGCAGGGGACUCCAAGGGCAUUAAAAGGCUCAAAGCA